CGAGGGGGUUGCAGGCGGGGAGACCCCCGGGCCUGCUCUGCCAUCCCCGCUUCCCCUGCAGCCUGGGGGCUCCCUGACGCCUGGACUCUCCCCGCAGGGGCUGCCCGGGCUGCGGAGAUCGUGGGCGGGCGCGAGGCGCAGCCACACUCCCGGCCCUACAUGGCCUCGCUGCAGAUACAGAGGGACCUGGGCAGCCACUUCUGCGGGGGCACCUUGGUCCACCCCAGCUUCGUGCUGACGGCCGCGCACUGCCUGCAGGACAUCCCGCACCGCCUGGUGAACGUGGUGCUCGGAGCCCACAACGUGCGCACUCAGGAGCCCAGCCAGCAGCACUUCUCGGUGGCGCAGGUGUUUCAGAACAACUACGACGCUGAGAACAAACUCAACGACGUUCUCCUCAUCCAGCUGAACCGUCCGGCCAACCUCAGCGCCUCCGUCGCCACAGUCCAGCUGCCACAGCAGGACCAGUCAGUGCCCCACGGCACCCAGUGCCUGGCCAUGGGCUGGGGCCGCGUGGGCACCCUCGACCCCCCAGCCCAAGUCCUGCAGGAGCUCAAUGUCACCGUGGUCACCUUCCUGUGCCGGCCACACAACGUGUGCACUUUCGUCCCUCGCCGUAGUGCCGGCAUCUGCUUUGGAGACUCAGGUGGCCCCCUGAUCUGUGACGGCGUCAUCCAGGGAGUAGACUCCUUUGUGAUCCGGGAAUGCGCCACCCGCCAGUUCCCCGACUUCUUCGCACGGGUGGCCCUCUACGUGGACUGGAUCCGUUCCAUACUGCUCCGCGUGGGGGCCGAGGGCCGCCCCUGAGCCGCCUCCACAGCACUGGCCGGCACCGAGCCUGGCUCCAAACCCUCGAGGGGGAUCUUUGGACAGAAGCAGCUCUUCUCGGAACACUGCCUCCUCCACCCGGGGCCGGGACGGCCCCACCCGUCCCCCCACACUCCCUCCCACGGGGCUCUGGGAGACAGGCCGGCCCUGCACCUCUCCCCACCGUGACCUCAAUAAACGUUGAAACUCCCCC